CCAUCCUCUUCCUCCUCCUCUCUUUCAAUCCCCUGGCCGUUUUGCCCUAACCAUCUUUACACAGAGAGCAAAGAGUUCCAGACCUAAAAUCUAUUGAGUUUAGAGAGUUGUGAUCAAUGGAAGUAGAACAAGAAGCAAAAACAAUGGAGCCCGUCCAAGAGUACUAUGCCUCGUACUUCUCACAACGGGAGUUUGAAAUCGCCGAAAUCUUGGUGGGACUUCCCGACAUCAUCUCCGAAUUGGACUACCGCCCCCGAAUUCGGGUCCCGUGGGGCCACAAGAAGAAGAGAUCUGCCCUCGUCGUACAAGACCAGAAAGUGAACAAGUCCCGGCUGCCGUCGCUCUCGUCUUCCCCGAAUAUUGGGUCGAAAGUUGCGGCGGAUAAUGUUGGUAAGGCCGAGAGGUCGAGCCCCAGCACGCCGCUGUCGUUUGAGUCCGAUGAGAAGCCGAGUCAGUCGAGAAGGAAAGUGGUGACUGGUUGCAAGAGGAAAAGAGAAGAAUGGCAGGAGGUGAUAGAUAGAUGUCUAAAGCGCAAAGAUGUGCUACAAAAAGAGAUACAGAAGGUGAAGGACUAUAAAGAGAAGCUGAUUGACUUUAAAAUGGUAUUGCAAUCAAGGAAGCAAGAGCUUGAAAAGCAAACGUUGAUUCAGAAAGAAUCUCAAAUGAAAAUUGAGGAAGAAAAUUUGAAUCUUGAUAUGCAAUUAGGCCAACCCACAUUGGUACCGACAUCGAUAGUCAUUUGUGCCCCUACAAUCGUUGAACAAGAGCAUUAUCAUCAACAAAUUGCUCGGCAUCAGUAUCAAACCAGCAUAUGCAAUCGCACAGCUCAAAUUCGAAAAGCAGUAAUUAGUGAGAAUCAUGGUUACCUAGCAUCUACCACUCAAGUGGCCUCAACCUCUUUGCCAUCUAACAUUGUCAAUGCUACUGCGGUGAGAUUGGUAAGCAAUAGCAACGGAGGGUCAGUUCUUGUCUAUGAUUACGGCUCUCCUUUUCCUAACCAGAAUUGGGCCUCCUCUGCGGAUACCAAGACUCUUUUUGACAAGGCCAAGUCUAAACAAAGAAGGCAGGAGAGAUAUCAGAAAAAUAGAGAAAAAAGAACCUCUCUUUUAGGUCGAAGACAUAGUCAAGACUUUUAGUGUUGCAGAGGGUGAUAUGUGGGUUCUUUAGUUCCUGCUCCCAGUCCAGUAGUGAGUAUUUUUAUGUGAAGUGUGGUGUAUUCUUUUUUACUUAGAGAUGAUUUAAGGUGUAGGGCAAAGGGGCAACAGAGGCAUCGAAUUGGUGUUUCGACCCUGUCUUUGAUAUCCAGAUUGGUUAUUUGAGGUUGACGUAAAAGGAUAAGAGAGUUCUAGCACUGCUGAAGCACCAAAUGGGUUCUUCGAUCA